CGGCUCUACACAACUCUUGCGCAGAACUCUUUUGGAACGGUGUCACGACAUCGUACCGUGGUUUCUUAAGUCAGAAUACGAUGGCUUACUCUCCCUCGCCCACCCCGCCGCUGACGGGCCCUGACGCUUCUCUAUACCCUCAGCAUCGCUCACCCACUCCUCCAGCGCAGCCACUGUCCAAGAGAGACAAAAGACGGAAUCAACAUGUCGCACACCAGCAAGAGCUGCAUAAUGAGCUCGCCUCAAAUCGAGAGCAGCACUACCGGGAACAACUCAUUGCCCUCCAAACCGACAUGAGCCUUAUCUCUCAAGCUGACCCCUAUGACCCUGAACCUUUGGAAGACUCGCCAGAAGAGAUUGCCAGGAUAGCCGAGUUAGCAGCAUCAGGAACGCCUUAUCAAUCACAAAUGUCCUCGAUGGCCGGAAAAUGGUAUGCCGAAUUUGUACAUGAGGUGAACGAUGCCAAAGAAGCAAAAGAGAUCGCCCUCAUCCAGCUCAUGAACAACCACAAUGCGCGUCUGGAAAGACUUAAAUACGAAUGUGACUAUCGACUGCACCUUGCUGCAGAAGAAUGCGAGCACAUGACCUCAACCUUGCGAGAACGACUAUUCCAAUCCCUCUCUCACAAAAGACAGAGACUUAUGAAAGAGAAGGAACAACUUGAUAUCGCAGACACCAACGCCCUACUUCUUCAUCCUAGCCAAUUCAGUAUCACCAACCCUGGAAGUCCUGGAGGCAAUCACACGAGUCGCAAGACUCGUUUCACCCGACACCGGGAGCAAGAAGACCUCAACGGGGUGGGUGACAUGCACAAGCGCAAACGAAAACAUGUCGAUGAUGAUAUGGGCUCCCCGUCGCGAAAUGGCAUCUCAACUCCGGCAGACCGCAAAGGAAGCGCAACAUCGAAUCAGACCGCGCCAGUCUACUCGAUCCACUCUCUCUUCACGGACAAAGAGCUCAACUUCCAGUCUCACCAGGCACAGAUUGCAGCACGACACUUUUUCACCACAUCACGCAAGGAAGGAGAAGCAAGCAACACAAGAAAACGUGGCAAAGACGACCAUGGCAAGCGAGCUGGUUCUGAAGAUAGUGGAUCUUCGGAUGAGGAAGAGCUGGAAGCCCCGGAAAUGGAGAGAUCGGCCAGCCAAAACGUGCAUGUUACCAGAUCGACGAGGACCAUUGGUGGCAUGAGUGGCUUGAAUGCGCUUAGUGACCUGGCUGAAAAGGCCGCAACCCGUCCAGCUCUGCCAUACGCGACAUUGCACACACACCAAGGCCGGCAAGGUACCUUCCUGCCACAGCCAAGUCGUCUAUUAGCCGAGGAACUGGAAGAGGAUCUGUUCAAGUUUGCACAAAUCGAAUCUCAACCCAAAGGCCAAGUGGACAGAAAGGCUAUCGACGAGGCGCUUAAGCCGCUUUCCGAAUCUCGAAGCAACUUGGCACCGGAUUGGCCAGUCUAUCUGGAUGUGCAUUUGGUGGACGUUGACCCGAGAAAGACGGCCGGUGUGUAGCCAGGCUGUUGGUCAGCAAGUGACCAUUGUGCACACCGGGAUGGAGAACGAAAUAGCCUAGAUGACAAGUUCCCACGGGGUAGCCAUGGGGUACUUGGAUUUUGCCGGAUUGCGACACCGGAGUGGCAUGUAAGGAUGUUUAUUGAAAUUUGAAAGUGCCUUACAGAAUGGUCGCUCAAGCAGGAAAGAUGCCGGUGUUCCGAGGAUCAACCAGAGCAACACUACUUGAACUCGUGCGAUACACGUUCUGAGUCUACGUGAUACGAGGGAAGCUAAAGUACUGGCCUAGAGAGAAUCCACCACCUACAGAUCAGGCCGAAGAGCACAAGCUACAAGGAUGUGGUAUUCGUAGACGUCACACAGUGGCAUUGAGAUCGACAGGGCUCGAAGAAGGCCAGUGUGUGCCCUGGGUACGAGUCAAGUACUCCGUACGUGUCAGAGGGCCGGGAGUACGAGUACUCGUAGGCCGCCACCCAUAGUGCAUUUAGCUAGCUCAUUCCAAGUCCUG